CUUGUUGAAAAUACUGACAAGCUUUCGGCGCGGAAAGGGUUCUUCAUUUGAUUCUCGAUUCAACAAGCCUUGCCGCUUCUCCUUCUAUGUGCGCUUACUCUGGGAGGCGUAAAGUUGCUACGGAACCACCAGUAGGCUAGACGGGCAAGAAUGGCUCACGCAAGCGGGCUAGCAGCUCCGACGCUGCCUGCAAGACGCGGGGCAACUAGCGGCUCGAUGUCCAGCGCAGCCCUGCUGUAUCUCGUGGUGAAGGAGGGAGCUCAGGGCACAGCCAAAAGGCUUGCUGUCGCCGUGAAAGUUGUCACGGAGCUGUUGGCACGGAAUAGCGUUCAGCUCGGAGGGCUGCUUGGAGCUGCCAUUCGACAGCUGCUGUCAACGAGCCCCGGGAGACUCUUGCUUGCUCUGGGAGCAUCAAUUCUUUGCAUCAGUUGGAAGCUGAGGCGCACAGGCGCGACGGUACAGAUGUCGUCCUCGGUCUCGCUGCUCUUCGGCCUUAUCAAGGUCCAGGGCAAUAUGGGCGUGCGGCUUGGUCCCGGCGGUUUCGUUAGCGACGACGAGCCGCGGUCAGCACCCACAGACGAGCUCCGUAUCAACUGCCCGCAGGACCUCAAGGACAGCAUCUGCCGCUUCCUCGAGGCGCAGGCUGCGCGCGACCCCUCCGCCAUGCCCACCUGGCAGCUGAGCCCACAAAAGCCGCCGCCCGCCCCCACAGCCGCUUCGGUCGCAGCCGCCGCUGCACCCGCCUCGCAGCCGCCCACGCUGCCGCCGCUGCCGCCACCACAGGCGUUCGCGCCUGCCGGCUGCGUGCCGUCGCCGCCCACGGAUGCGGCGGCGCCGGGCCCCGCCGCUUACCCAGCCUUCAGCUUCGCACACCGCCAGCCCGCGCUCAUCGGCCUCCCCAGCAACAGCGGCGGCGGCACCGCCAGUGCAGUGCCCAUCCCGCUGCCCUUUGCCGGGAGCCGCAUCGCGGCUGCUGCUGCGCCCGCCGCCGCGCCCGCCUGCUGCUCGCCGCUGUCGGAGGUGGACGUGCUGCUGAUGCUGCCGCCGCCGCCGCCGCCGCUGCCCCCGCUGGCCACCGUGAGGGGGGCCGCCGCGUCCGGCCUGGACGAGGAGGAGCCUGGCACGCCGCCUACCACCAAGCCGGCCAGCAGCGCCCUCGCCGCGGGCAUCGCAGCCGCCGCAGCCGCCGUGCCGGCCGCCGCCACACACGCGUCCACGGUCGCGACCAGCAGCGCCGGCAGCUGCGGGUCGCACGGCGACGGCGAGGGCGAGGGCGGCGACGGCCCCCGCCGCGGCGACGGCUCCUUUGCCGGCACCGCCGCCACGGCGCCGCUGACCGCCAGCAGCUACGCCGGCAGUGGCGCCGCGGCGACUGCCAGCAGCGUGGCGGGCAGGUCACUGGGCGAUUGCGACACGGCCCAUGGCGGCAGAGGCGGCCUGGAGGCCUCCCUGGCCUCCACCUCCGGCGCCGCCGCGCACCCCCCACACGCCCACCACACCUCCUACACCAGCCAUGUGCCUCCCCACCACAGCCACGCCGCCGCCGCCGCCGCCACCUCCACCUACAGUAACAACAGCACGAGCCGCAGCCCGCGGCACUCCUUGGAUGCUGCGCCGGCCCAGCACGCAAUGCAGCCGCAGACGCGCGGGCCCACCAGCCACUCCUACGUCCAGUCCGGCCUGCUGGCCUCGCUGGGCCCGGGCGUGGAUGAGACGGCCAUGGACCCCGGCAGCUACGCCUCGCUGCUGCAGGCCGCCGCCACCUACAAGCCCUCCGUGGCUCUGGAGUCGGCGGCCGCCGCCGCCGCCUACGCCGCGCGCGCUGUGGGCAGCCUGGCGGCGGGCGUCACCGAAGCCGUCACGGACAGCAGCGGCGGCGGGGUUGGUGCUGGUGCUAAUGGUGGCGAGGGGAAGGGCAAGGGCAAGUCCCAGGCUCAGCCGCAGCCGCAGUCGCACCCGGUGGAGGAGGCGGGCGGCGGCGGCGGCGGCAGCAGCAGCAGCACUGGGAAGGCCGGCGGCAAGGCGGGCAAGAUGGGCAGCAGCGGCGUGGCCGCGGCGUUAAAGGGCGCCGUGUCGGCUGGCGGGCCCCCCAGCACCAGCAUCAAGUCGGCGACAUCCUCGUCGGCCGCCGGCUCAGCCCGGGGCGCGGCCGGCACUGCCGGGGCUGCCGCUGGGGCGGCCGGCCUGAAGAAGAGCCCCGAGUCAAUCCUGGGGCUGAGGAACAUCGGCAUCGAGGGCUGGCAGGACCGCGCCGGGCAGUGGGAGCGGCUGCACACCGAGUAGGUAGUAGGAGGGGUGGUGGCACAGGGCUGUGCAGCCUCUCCCUCCAAGCCGGGCAGUGGGAAGUGGGAAUGGCUGCACAUGCGCAGGGGUGGUGUGGGCGGCACAGGCAGGGGCUGGUCGCGAGGGGAAGGGGGGCGGCGGUGGACGGGAAGGGGGCUGCGUGUGCCCUGUGUGGCCUGGCACCGGGGUGUGUGGGUGGUUGCUUGGGUUUGGGUGCUCUCAAUGCUGUUGUGGGUGGCUGUCCAGAAGUGAAUUGCGUUGUGGGCAGCGGCAGUGUCACGUAUGCCGAGGAUACCUCAACGUUAGUGGUAGCUGGCGGGCGCCGGUGGGCGAGGCCGGGAGGAUGCAUAAUUGCAUAUCCAGGAGACACGGGACGUUCAGACGCAAAUUGAUAGGUUGGAGAGGCGAAUUGUCAUACCCUGUUGUGCUCGCUCCGCGAUGAGCGCUGCUUGGGGCGUGCCUGGUGCCUGUUUGCGGCAGGCCCAUACAGUGUGCGCUUGGUGCCAACAUUUGGCGCAAGCAGUUGAGCGGAGCGGUUGCAAGUUUGGUCGGCACUCAGUCAUGUGAACCUGGUGAGACUCACAGGCCUCAGCUGGGGAGCCAAGGCAGCUGAUGCCAACUAGUGGGAUCGUGGCUGCCUUGUCGCGUAACUUGUCACAGCACUGAUUGCGUGCUGCAAUGAAGCAUGUUUGCACACACUGCAUUUAGGUUACAGACGAUGUGCUUCAACUGUCUGUCACGCAAGCAACAGCUUGCCUGGUCAUGCACGUGCUAUAGCAAGACCUCCGCGCCUAAGAAUUGAUCGCUCGAGGGUUUGUCGCCAUGUGGAUAUGCGGCUAGCAGUAGUAAGCAAUAAGGUGCUUGUGUUGUGUGUGAGGGAACCUGCCCUAGGAUGGAACGAGCCGUGGCGGUCGCAUGGCUGCCCCGCCUAUCAUGUACGUGUUGGUGACGCGUGUGGUAGUGUGCACGUGACGACAUGAAGGUAAUCACCUGCGUCCCCGCCCACGUGCGUUGCCGGGCUGUGGGCACUGGGCAGACGGCUAGUGCUGACCGGCUGGGUUACCAAGGUAGGAUCGUCCGGCCCCGGUGUUUGAAACGUUGGGACGGCGCUCAUGUUGGAAGGGAAGUGGAAUAUGGUGCGAGUGGACUGGCGAGUGGAGUUGGCCGGAGGGACUUUUAUACCGACAAACGCCCGGGCACGAACGGGCCCAGACAGGCCCAGACCCACCCACCAGGUGCAUCCUCGGCUCCCAGGUUUUGACUCCUGAGGUUGCAGCUGGUGGCGCAGGGCGCAGGGGUGUGUAGCUACAGAAGGCCCGGCUGGCGCACACAAAGAGCACACUCAGUCGGCAGGCCGUGUUAUGGCAUUCUUGCUGUGAAAUAUGAAGUGGUUCGGCAAUGGCA